GCUCGACCGGCUCGGGGCGCACCGAGCACAUAGGCGUGCGCGGAGCACGUGGCACCGCUGGUUGCAGUAACUGAGGCCACCCAAUUGUUCAUCGGACAGCGCGCGCUGCGUCGCGACGCGCCGGACGGACAGAGCACACGAAACGGCGGCUAGCGCUUUUGGUCGCAGCGGUGCGUACCGGUGGCUCGACAUGGCUCACAGCCCGCUGAAAGAAGGCGACCGGCUGCUCUACAAUGGCUCCGAGCCCGAGUGGCAGGGCGCGAGGGGCGAGAUCGAAGAAAUUGAUACCGUCGGGGGACGACCCGUCGUCUCGGCGCGCUGGUCUUUGGCCAGGGACGACGACGACAGCGACGAUGAUCAGGGCGGUGUCCUGGCGCGCACCGCGGCCGUCCGCGGGUCGCGGGCGCCGCGGCGGACAUGCCGUGCAGCGGCGCGCCCCGUCUCAGUUGAUACCACGGAGGACCACUACUCCGUCCUGAGCGCCGCGGACGCGAGGAUUUACCGCCAGGCGUGGCUCGACGCGAACCCACGGAACGAGCUGGCACCCACGCGGUUCGCCGUCGGCGACAGAGUUCGGGGGAUAUGGGACGGGGAGUGGUGCGGCGCCACCGUCGACGAGGUCAUCACCGAUGGUCGUGGCGGUCUCGCCUACAUGGUAGAUUGGGACGACGGCGGCGGGGUCAACCAGCUCUCCGCAGCCGACGUCCGGCUGGCGGCGGACGCCGAAAGCUCUUCGGAGGAGGACGAGGAGGAGGAGGAGGAGUCGAGCUCUUCGGAGGAGGAGGAGGAGGACGUGCAGGACGCCGCCGAAGAUUUAGACGAGGCCGUCGGCGCCGCCGACGACGACGAGAGCUCCUCGAGCAGCGACGAGGACGAGGGGCUGAACCAGGCGUCGAACCUGCCGCCGCCGCCGACCGCGGUGUCAAGAUCGGAGACACCGGAGGCCGCCGUUGUCGAGGACGACUGGGACGAAGAAUCCGACGAAGAAGAUGACCGCCGCGUGGCCAACCUGUCGUCGCAAGUGGUCGACCCGUCGCAGCACACGUCGCAGCACGCGUCGCAGGAUUCACGGCUGUCUCUCCAAGGAGCCGCCGCCGUUGAUGGCAGCGGCGCCAUCGACGCCGCUGCGAUGCGGGCGCGGAUUCUGGCGGCACGGCCGGAAAGUAUAGUACCGCCCGCAUCUGCGACGUCGGCGCCGAAGCUACGCAUUGUCCAUAGCCGCCAUGGAGAGUGGUGGGGUCAUGCGGGGAAGCUGAGAAUCCCCGGAUCGGACGAGCUACGGACGACGCUCCACGAGCUCGGCGGCGAAUCGUCCUGGCUCGGUGAUAAGCGCAAGUACUGCGACAUCGACCUCAAGAGGCUGAACGCCGAAGGCUACGACAUCAUACUGGUAGAUAGAGGUGCAAGCAUUGCGUACCAACGCCAAUUCAAGGACACGAAGCAAGACUUCGCGCGAACGGAGCUAGAGCGCAAGUACGGGCACACCGUCGUCCGCAAGCCGUGCGUCGUCGCCUAUAGCACCGACAACGGUGUACCGCUCGACACGUAUGAAGUCGUGGCCGUCGUCGCGAUCAACACGGCGACCACGCGCGCGGCGUGGACCCCUGCUGCCGUCGACCAGGUCGAGGUGUUGUUGGAUACGAUGGAGCGCCAUCAUAAUCCAGCGAAGCGCGGCUCGAACACCCGGAGGGGCAAAAUGUUCAUGGCCGGCGCGCUCGUGAGGCGCUGGACCGCGGAAGAGCUAAAGAAGCGCAAGAAGCGCGGCAGCGGGCGGAUCGACACUUACAGAAUUAACCGCGCCGCCGCCGCGGAGGCUAAUUAUGACGGCUACAUUUCCCCGCUGGAAACGGUCCUGACGAUCAUGGCCGCACUCGAGGCUGCGGUUUCCCCGCGCCUCCAUCGGGCGCGCCUGGCCGUCUCCGCGGCGAUCAACGCGCCGGCGAUCGUCGGUGGCUUCCCGCGGGAGAUCGGGCCGUCCGUGACGCUGGCGUUGUCCCAGGGCUACGUUUCGUCGCAGCACCUGGACAGCUCGGGCAAGUGGGCCUGGGAGUCGAUCGCCUGGCCGCCGUGUCGCCGGGCGCCCUCGGACUGGACGUUCGCGAUCCCCGGCGCGGGCCUACUGGUCGACCUGUCGGGCCCGGGCGGCGUCUACGUCACGUUGAAUGCGUCUCGGACCGUCCACGGCACACUGCGGAGCGAGAUCUCCCCGGACCACGACGGCAUAGGCAUCGCGGAUAUUUUGAAGCACGACAUGCUCUCGCGGAACGUGGUCGACGCCUUCGAGGGGGGCUGCAAAAAGCGCCCGGCGCUCGGGGCGCACAACUAAGAAAUCGAAUUA